AUGGCCCACACCCGCCACUGUGGCAGCCGCACUUACGCGCACCUCCACCGGCCCCAGCCGUCAGAGAGCCAAACCACGUGCGGUGAGCCCACCGGGUGGGUGAGCGGAAACCCUAAACCCACCCGCUCGCGCUCCGCAGCGACCGAUACAUACAACACGACCCGGGGGCCGCCGGGGCUGAGAUCGGAUCGGAAGCUUCGACAAGUUUCCACCGGGAUGGCGAUCCGCAGGGGGACUUCGUACGCCGUCGCGGCACUUUUCGCGCUCGCCUCUGUCGCCGCCGCCGUCGCCGGCGAGGUCUUCUUCCAGGAGAAGUUCGAAGAUGGCUGGGAAAGUCGGUGGGUCAAGUCCGAGUGGAAGAAGGAUGAGAACAUGGCUGGUGAAUGGAACCACACCUCUGGGAAGUGGAAUGGAGAUGCCGAGGACAAAGGAAUUCAAACCUCUGAGGACCACAGGUUCUAUGCCAUUUCAGCUGAGUACCCUGAGUUCAGCAGCAAGGAUAAGACCCUGGUGCUGCAGUUCUCUGUGAAGCACGAGCAGAAGCUUGACUGCGGUGGUGGUUAUGUCAAGUUGCUGGGUGGUGAUGUAGACCAGAAAAAAUUCGGUGGGGACACACCUUACAGCAUUAUGUUUGGACCAGAUAUCUGUGGGUACAGCACCAAGAAGGUUCACACUAUCCUGACCAAGGAUGGCAAGAACCACUUGAUCAAGAAGGAUGUGCCUUGUGAGACUGAUCAAUUGACUCAUGUUUACACUUUGAUCAUCCGUCCUGAUGCAACAUACAGCAUUCUCAUUGAUAAUGAAGAGAAGCAAACUGGCAGCAUCUACGAACACUGGGAUAUUCUCCCCCCAAAGCAAAUCAAGGACCCAGAGGCUAAGAAGCCUGAGGACUGGGAUGACAAGGAGUACAUUCCUGACCCUGAGGACAAGAAGCCAGAGGGCUAUGAUGAUAUUCCCAAGGAAAUUCCUGACCCUGAUGCUAAGAAGCCUGAGGACUGGGAUGAUGAGGAAGAUGGUGAAUGGACUGCCCCUACCAUUCCCAACCCAGAAUACAAGGGACCAUGGAAGCAAAAGAAAAUCAAGAACCCGAACUACCAGGGUAAAUGGAAGGCACCUAUGAUUGACAAUCCAGAUUUCAAGGAUGAUCCAUACAUUUAUGCAUUUGACAGCCUGAAGUACAUUGGCAUUGAGCUGUGGCAGGUUAAAUCGGGCACUUUGUUUGACAACAUCAUCAUCACUGAUGACCCUGCAUUGGCCAAGACUUUCGCAGAGGAGACCUGGGGCAAGCAUAAGGAGGCAGAGAAGGCUGCUUUCGAUGAGGCUGAGAAAAACAAGGAAGAAGAGGAAGCCGCCAAGGGUGGUGAUGAUGAGGAUGAUGACCUAGAGGAUGAGGAAGACGAUGAGAAGGCAGACGAGGACAAGGCUGGCUCUGAUGUCGAGGAUAGCAAGGACUCUGAUGAUGAGAAGCACGACGAGCUCUAG